AGUAGUAAUUGAAAAUAAAUAAUGCAAAAUUUAAAAGGGUAUCAAAAUUCAUGACAUUUUCUCAAUUUAUAUUACCUGAACAACUCAACAUAUAUUCUGUUUGAAUAUAUAAUAAUUGAGGAUAUUGAUUUAUUUACUCUGAGAAAAAAUCUGAUAUCUUUCAAAACUGUCAUGUAUUGAUAAAUGAUGCUGAAAUUUUAUUUUGUAGAUUAUUUGAUUUAGAUGAGCAAAUUGCUGCACUUCCAAAAUGCAAUAUGGAAUCUUUUACUAAAAAAAUGAAACAGCAAGUGUCUGGAGACAAUUUUGCCUUUCAUGAUGAUCGUUUUCAUAGUGAUACUGAUCCUGCUAAAGAUCCUGAUUUUAAACCAAGUGCUGCUAUUGCUAGACGUUUACGGCACCAAGGAAAAAAUACAGAUUCAACUUCGGGAACUUCAAAACACAAUAAUUCUUCAAGCAAAAGAUUUAAAUCUGGGGACUUUGAUCUUGAAGAACACAUUGCUGCACUGCCUAAAUGUGAUAUAGAAAUAUUAAACAGACCUCGAAGAAUGAAAAGACGCAAUUCAUCAUCUAAUAACCGACAAG